AUGUCAAAAGGUACUCUCUUCAUUAAGCCAGCCUCCCCAAGAUCCAACUGGUUGGAUGCUUUGGUCAAGACAUUGAACAUUGAUGUCGACGUUGUGGACUACUCCAAGAGCGAGGAAUACGCCAAGCUUUUCCCACUUAAGAAGACCCCAGCCUUUGCUGACUCAGAGGGCUACGAGUUGACCGAAGUCUUGGCCAUCAUCGAAUACCUCUUUUCCCUUGCUUCCGACAAGACCCUUAGAGGUGUCACCAACAAGGACCAAGCUCAGGUUAUGAGAUGGUUAUCCUAUGUCAACCAAGACAUGGUCAACACCUGGGUCGACUAUCUUUUCGUUGCUAAGACCGAAGACGCAAAGAAGGCUGCUUCCGAGCAACAAGCAGAGCAAUUGGCCUACAUCAACAGCGAGCUUGCCACCAGAAGCUGGUUAGCUGUCGACGGCUACGUCACCGUUGCCGACGAGUACUUCUUCUCGUGGUAUGCUGGCUUUGCCGACGUCGCUGGCGGCAUUACUUCUGCAAAGUACCCAUACUUGACCAAAUGGCACGAAACCAUGAAGGCUAAGGACGUUGUUGCUAAGUCUCUCUCCAAGUUGUAA